AUGAGGAAACGCAUUAAGAAAAUUCUAUAUGAAUUAAAGCAAUUCAUUGAUUUGUUCGAUUCUUCGCCUUCUCUGCCGACCCCUUCUGGCUUCCAGCUCACAGAGACGAUAUCCUCAUCUCAGACAUUGCAGCGCCUGAUCGUCUCCUCAUUGAGGGAAUGCUCUUGCAUCAGAGAUCUGAAGUUGGUCCACGCCGCCGUGAUAAAGAACGACGCUCACCGGGAUUCUUUCUUCGCGAACCAGUUCGUCACCGCCUGCUCGCGGCUCGGAUGGAUCGACUAUGCCCUAUUGGUGUUCGCGCAGGUGGCGGAUCCCAACGCCUUUGUGUACAACGCCGUCAUCCGUGGGCUCCAUCUCUGCUCCGCCCCGGCGGAGGCCCUCGAGCUGUACGCCGCCAUGCUCAGGGAGGGGAGGCGUCCCACAAGCUACACCUUCACGUUCGUCAUCAAGGCCUGCGAGCAGGUGUCGCCGGCGGCGGCCGGGUUCGCAGCAGCAGUGCAUGCUCAGGCGCUGAAGCUCGGUUUCGGAUCCAACGUGUUCGUCCAGACCGCCCUCAUCGAUCUCUACUCAAAGUUGGGUAGAAUCAUGGACUCGAAGAAGGUGUUCGACGAUAUGCCAGAGAGGGAUGCAGUUUUUUGGACGGUGAUGAUCUCGGCUCAUGCUCACAUGGGGGACAUGGCGUCAGCGCGACAGCUGUUCGAAGAUAUGCCUGAAAGGAGCACAGUGGCUUGGAACACCAUGAUUGCAAGCUACGCGAGAUCCGGCGACGUCGAAUCGGCCACUUUGCUGUUCGACCGGAUGCCAAAGAAGGACUUAGUCUCGUGGACAACCAUGAUAUCCUGCUACGCCCAAAACGGGCAGUUCAAGGCGGCCGUCGAGACCUUCAAGGCGAUGGAGCGCGCCGGGGUAAGCCCCGACGGAGUUACCAUGGCCACGGUGAUAUCGGCUUGUGCCCACCUGGGAGCCCUCGACCUCGGUAGAGAGGCCCACCUCUGCGUCCUGCGGCGCGGCUUCCGCCUCCUUGACGUCUACAUCGGCUCCUCUCUGGUCGACAUGUACGCGAAGUGCGGCAGCCUGGAGAGCUCCCUGAUGGUCUUCUUCAAGCUGAGGAGGUGGAACCUCUUCUGCUGGAACUCCGCCAUCGAGGGGCUGGCGGCGCACGGCCGUGCCGCGGCAGCACUAUGCCUGUUCCGCCUACUGGAGGAAGGACGCGACACCGCCCCCAACGGCGUCACCUUCGUGAGCGUCCUCAGCGCGUGCGCCCACGCCGGCCUCGUCGAGGAGGGACGCCGACUCUUCUCGAGCAUGACCGAAGGCUACUCCAUCCCGCCGGCGCCGGAGCACUACGGCUGUAUGGUCGACCUCCUGGGGCGGGCUGGCCGGCUGGACGAGGCCCUGGGAGUGAUCCAGAGCAUGAGGGUGGAGCCGAACGCCGCCGUGUGGGGAGCCCUGCUCGGCGCGUGCAAGACGCACGCGAACACGGAGAUGGGUUGCGCCGCCGCCAGCCAGCUGAUGGCCCUGGAGCCCGGCGGCAGCGGCCACUACGCCCUCUCGGUGAACCUCUACGCCCAAGCGAACGAGUGGGCCCAGGUCGCCGCCAUCCGAGGGCUGAUGAAGGGCCGGGGCGUGCAGAAGUCGAGCCCUGGCUCCAGCUGGAUCGAGAUCGCCGGGGCGGUCAACGAGUUCACCGCCUCCGCCGAGUCUCACCCCUUCUUCGACGCCAUCCGCCUGCUGCUGACUCGCCUCGACGCCCACCUGAAGCAGCCCGGUUGCACCUCCCACGCAGAUCUCGACCCCCACCAUGAAUAG